AUGGUUUACACAGGACGCCACCCCCCCCCCCCAGGAGGUGACAAGCAACUGGAAGGAGGGGCGGGGACGGGCCAUGCGGAGACCUGUGGAGAGGAGGCGAGAAGCAGCCGCGUCCACAUGGCUUCAGGUGUUCACAUGGCAAGAAGCGGGCCUUCGGCCCUCCCCGCGGCGGGGGAGCGCGACGGCUUCCCAGCUCCGCUCCCGCCCGCGGUAGCCCGGCCGGCCCCUCCCCAAGCCCGGCCCUCCGCCCGCCCGCCCGCCUGGCCCCCAGCAAAGUGGCGAGAGCUGCAGGAUAUACCCGGGGCUGCCAGGGGGGCACCCCCCCACCCCGGGGCGGGCGGCGCUGACCCCGCCGACCCCCCGGACGCCGCCCGCUCACACCCGCCGCCGGUGCACCCGAGGCCGCGACGAGCAGGCGCGGGCGGCGGUUACCUGCGGGAGCCCCCCGCCCGGUCCCUCGGCCUCAGCCGGGGGCGGGAGGGGAAGGAGCGGCGGCGGCGGACGGCGCUGCGCGGGGUGGGGGUGGGGGAAGCCUCCGCCGCCUCCAGCUCGGGCGCCCUGGGCCGGCGGCGGGGCGGGCCGGGGGGCCGCGGCCCCUCGACGCUCGCUCCGGCCCGCGCGCUCGCGCUCGCUCGCUCGCUCCCCGGUCGGGCGCGCCUCAGGGCGGGCUCCCCCGGCGGAGGCCGCGGCCGCCUCGCAGGGGCCGAAAGCCGCUCGGCUCGGGGUUUUUUCUCUCCAUUCUCCCAACACACAGGAAAUAACAGAGCGUCAGGUGACGCCGGACGGCCAAUCGCGCGGCUCCGAGCCGCGGCGCGCGCGGGCGGGCGGGAGCGGGGCGCGCGGCGGGGGCGGGGCGCGCGGCGGGGGCGGGGCGGCGGGGGGCGGGGCCGGCGGGCGCGCGCGUGCCCACCCGCGUGCGGCCGCGCCGACGCCUGCGUGCGCCUAGCCGGAGACCUCCCGGCGCCCCCCCGGUCCGCCCCGUCCGUCCCGCCCGCCCGCCCGGCGGCCUGGGUCGCGCGGAGGCGGCGGCGGGUCCCCCUCAGCAGCUGCGGGGUGCGGCGCGCGUGUCUUGCCGCUCACCCAGUGCCAUCUUGGCCCGCAGAUCCCGGCCGUCCUGGGAAUGGCCGCGAGCCAACUUUCUGGGGAGUUGGUGGCCCAGAAUCUCUCCUUGCGAUUUCUGGAGUUCCCUCGGAGCCACCAAAACCAAGAUCGCGCCUCUGGCCCCGCGUGGAGAGACCCCCCGCGCGGGGCCAGGGGCCCUGCUCUCUCUCCCUGUAA